GGAGCAUCUUAAUUUUCAGAUUUUAGGAAGAUGGAGAAGGCGCCAGGAAGUCUGGUUUUACGCGCAACUCCAUUUAUCGGCUUGCUCCUCCUCUGCUUGCUCUACACUGUCGACUUCGAGUUUAAUGUGACUCCAUCAGAUCAAUGGAACAAACUGAGAACGAACUGGAGCGGGAAUAGCGUAGAAGGCGGGACUCAGAUAAAAGAUGAAGAUCCCCUUUAUCUUCUCUUGAAAAGACUAGUGGAAGGAGAAAGUCAAACUCAACUGGAAGCCACCGGAUUUGCUUGCGAUUCUAAGAUUCACACUGAAGUUUGUGUGUCCAGUCGACCAGUAAGGAUCGAUACGCUUACAAUGAAGGUUUAUGCACCAUUCAGUCAAGGCAUGCCCCAGGCCAACCGUACAAUCCAUCCAUAUGCGAGAAAGGACGACAAGUCACUCAUGAAUACUUCGGUAACACCAGUCCAGAUACUUCCAGCUGGAAAUAUCACCCUCUCUCCGCCUUGUCAGUAUACCCACAAUGUCACAGCCGUAAUCUUCUCAUCUGGUGGAUUCGCAGGAAACAUAUUCCAUGAAUUCAAUGAAGUAAUCAUUCCUUUGUUCCUCACUACUCGCCACUUCCAAUCUCGCCUUCAAUUUAUUCUCACCGAUUUCAGACCGGACUUUGUUGCUAAAUAUAAAAGAAUUUUGUCCCAUUUGUCUAGCUAUGAAGUUAUUAAUCCGGCAUCAAAUGGAAGCAUGCAUUGCUUUCCUGGAGCAGUUGUCGGGCUUCACUUCCAUGACCUUCUUGCCAUAUCAACCACUAACGUCCCAGAAGGUUACUCCAUGCUUGAUUUCAAGCAGUUUCUCAGAGAAUCAUACAACAUUAAGAUACAAGAUUUGUCUCAGACAGAAAAACCAGUGUUGGUUCUUGUAUCUCGUCAAGGAUCAAGAAUGUUUCUGAACGAGGAUCAGAUGGUAACCAUGAUGAGGGAAUUGGGCUUCAGUGUUGUGGUCGCAAAGCCUGAUAUGAUGGGCAAUUUAGACGAGGUUGCAGAGAUGUUGAACCCGUGCAGCGUACUGGUUGGGGCUCACGGUGCUGGGCUUACGAAUCAAGUCUUCUUGCCCGAAGGGGCUGUCUUGGUGCAAGUGGUGGGGCUGGGCCUGGAAUGGGUCUCAGACAACUACUUUGGAGGGCCAGGUAUAGGGAUGGGUCUAAAUUACGUAGAGUACAAAAUCGAACCAGAGGAAAGCUCUCUCAUCUCUAUUUAUGGCAGAGAUCACCCUGUCAUUUUUGAUCCCUCAUCCAUGUAUUCGCAGGGGUACGAGGUUGGUAGGGCUUUGUACCUUAUUGAGCAGAAAUUUAAUAUUGAUCUCGUGAGGUUUAGAAAGACUCUUGUCAAAGCACUUGGACUUCUCGGGCGCUCAGCUCCUUCGGUUUGAAAUAAACUGUGUUUAGAGAAGAUCAUUCUUUCUAGCUAGGUUACAUUGUGAAGAUACAAUUAAGAACGAAAGAGGUAUUAAUCUGUGUUGAUGUUUGGAAGAGAAAGAAAUGACAUUUCUAUAUAAAUUGCACUAAA